CAAGCACGCAUUCGGCUAAGUGCCUAAUUCGGUGAUUACAUAAUAUUUGGCGAUUCAGCCAUUAUCGACUUGUUAUCUCGCGAACCACGCGGCGGUCCCCAGUCCCUAAGUCUGACACACGUUGAUUGAACCUCACACCGUUGUCUCUCUCCAACACCGGGGAGCUUCGAAUUAGCAGAAGCUUCAUCAAGGUCUCUUUUGGUCCAUCAUUAGAGGACCUCUACUUACUCAUAUUCUCCUGUGUUAGAUUACCUUCGUCUCAAUUCAAUCGUAUUGCUUCGUACCUCCCUUAUCUCUGUUGCUGGCACGAGAAUCCAUUGCAUAGUCCGUAGAACCUCGGCAGUCCAUCCAUCCACCAUGGCGUCGAAGGCGCUCAUCCCGUUCCUGGUGGGCAUGAUGCUGCUCACCGGCGUCUGUAACACGCUGUUCACCAAGUACCAAGACAACCAAUGCGUGCGGAACUGCGACGACCCCGACCCUAAGAACCGGAAGACGUUCGAGCAGCCCGUGCUGCAGACGGCCCAGAUGUUCGUGGGCGAGGUCGGGUGCUGGCUCGUCGUCGGCGUCAUGGCCGCGUGGCAGAAGUACAAGAGCAGGAGCAGCCCCAAGGCCGACGGGUACCAGGCCGUCGACACGGACAACGCCAACGACGACAACGACGACGACGCCGCCAGCAUCAACUCCGCACACCCGCUCGUUGAGCCGGCCAAGCGUCGCGCCGGCCCCGACGGGCUCCUCAGGGGCUUCGGCAUUUUGUUACUAGCGCUGCCGGCCAUCUGCGACAUUUUGGGUACGACGCUCGUCAACGCGGGCCUGUUCAUGGUGGCCGCAUCGAUCUACCAGAUGACGCGGGGCGCGCUCGUGCUCUUCGUGGGGCUGUUCAGCGUCGUCUUCCUGCAGCGGAAGCUGCACCUGUUCCAGUGGGUGUCGCUCGUCGGCGUCGUGACGGGCGUGGCGCUGGUCGGGCUCGCGGGCGUCAUCUGGCCCGACCCCAAGGGCGCGCUCAAGCAGGCUAUCGCCGCCGGCGACGACGACGCGGCGUCCGUGGACGCGCUGCGCGCCGCGCUCGGCGUCGUGCUCAUCGCCGGCGCGCAGAUCUUCACCGCCACGCAGUUCGUGCUCGAGGAGUUCCUGCUCGAGAGGUCGAGCAUCGACGCCAUCGAGGUCGUGGGCUGGGAGGGCCUGUUCGGCUUGGCCGUUACCCUGAUUUGCAUGCUGGUGCUGCACGUGGCCGUCGGGAGGACCGACGCCGGCCGCUACGGCAUGUUCGAUAUGGUUGAGGGGUUCCGCCAGAUGACGGAGUAUAGGGCUGUGUGGGUUUCUAGUCUUUUGACUAUGGUUUCCAUCGGCGGUUUCAACUUUUUCGGUCUCUCCGUCACCCGCAGCGUCAGCGCUACAGCCCGGUCGACUAUCGACAGCUGCCGUACCUUGUUCAUCUGGGUCGUUUCGCUAGGCCUCGGCUGGGAGAGCUUCAAGGGGCUACAAGUUGUGGGAUUCGCGCUACUCGUCUACUUUACUUUCCUGUUCAACGGCGUCGUCCAGCCGCCGUUCAAGUUCCUGCAGCCGAGAGAGGAGGUAGAAGAGCUGCUCCCCGAAGAGCCCAUCGAACACAACUAGAAAUUGGUGAUGGAUUGGUACUAUUUGGGUAUGUCCAGGGGCACUCUGGGCGGAGCCUGACUACUAGGCGACACUCACUGUAAGUCCUGGGCUUUGGCUGUGGUUAUAGGGAAGGGUCUUGUUUGAAAGAGGUUUACUACACUGUCUACACAUUACUGCAUUGGAUUGGCGUUUGUGGUACUAGCACGAGUAUUUGUUUUAUCGGGUAUUGCAUUUGUAAUGCAUAUAUAUUCUUAGUCAGGGUGUUCUUCGUUUAGGUUGCUUUAGGAAUCAAAUUGUCAUAACCGGCGUCUCGGGUUUAGGUGUUGAGGUAUUUUGGAUGGUGGCAUAUGUCUACACAUCCACAGUGUUUAUGCGCAUUAUAGGAACUAUCGAAGGUUAGGACAACAAUUUAGAGAAUAUUCGAAUAUGGACAUCGGAAUAGAGUAUAGCUCUGGUGUAUAUACAUUCAUAAGUUGAUAUCUCGGCGAGAACAUGGUCGUGGUUCUACGUAAGUCUCGAGGGCCCCAGGGCCCUUCUUUGAAGUGCUCGUUUCUCUCUGACAGAUAGUUCUUUGGGUUA